AUGGAAGCAGCUGAACACAUUUCUAAGAUGCCACAGCCACCUGAAUCACCGCAUAUGGCAUCCCAAACGUCCUCCAGUGCCCCAAAAACUAAUCAGGUGGGCACAGUACUACUUUAUGGCAUUCCGAUUGUAUCGUUGUUCAUCGAAGCACAAGAGCGUUUGUGCUUAGCCCAGAUCAGCAACACACUACUAAAGCAAUUCAGCUAUAAUGAGAUACAUAACCGGCGUGUGGCGCUCGGAAUCACGUGCGUGCAAUGCACGCCUGUGCAGCUUGAGAUUCUGCGACGUGCUGGUGCUAUGCCCGUCUCCUCGCGCAGGUGUGGCAUGAUUACACGUCGUGAAGCAGAACGACUGUGUAAAUCUUUUCUUGGCGACAACACGCCGCCUCGCCUUCCUGACGACUUCGCUUUUACGGUGCAUCACGAGUGCGCGUGGGGUUGCAGAGGAGCUUUUUUGCCAGCGCGAUACAACAGCUCCCGAGCUAAAUGUAUCAAAUGCGCAUUUUGUGGUUUAUUCUUCUCCCCGAACAAAUUUAUCUUCCAUUCGCAUCACCUGUCUCCGCAUGACAAGUAUGUGCAACCUGAUGCAGCCAACUUCAAUUCAUGGCGUCGCCACAUGAAAUUGUCUGGUGCGCCGCCGGAGGAGGUCGUACAUGCGUGGGAAGACGUUAAGGCUAUGUUUAAUGGAGGAACCCGCAAACGGUUGCUACUGCCAACGCAGACACGAAGCCCAAAACGUUCAAAGCCAGUUACCCCGCCACCAGCAGAGCCCUUUACGCGAACCCUUAUGAUGGACUGGCAAUGGAAGACACCACCCUUCUUGCCUUCCUACACACUGCAUAGUUGGCUCAAACGUCCUAACGCCCUCCUUUUCCCCACUACUUCUCCAUCGCCAUCAAAAGGAUUGGUCUGCGCAGGCGCAACAUCUGCCUUUCGCCCUGUGGCGUCUCCGUUGGUCAAGGAGCCUGUUUCGUCAGAUGAUGAAAUGGUUGACAUAGAAACAACAGAUGACAUACCUCUAUCACAGAAAUUAGAUCCAAAAAGGGAUACCGGGCUAACAUCACUGUUCAGAGACAACAAUAACACAAACGCAGCUGUGGACAACAAUGUGUUGAGCUUAGAAAAGUUUUAA